GGGAUAGUGUGGAGAGAGCUGGAAGAGCGACGGCUUCCCUUCAAGGACAGCCGAAACAAGGAAAUAUAAUUGAACGGCAAACAGGAUUUGAACUCUCGCAUUGUCACAGGCUCUUCAUCGAGGCCCUCGUAGAUUAAACAGAGGUUAAUUUUGCAUUGCAGAUUGAAGACAGCAUAGCAGCCUUUUGAAGAAAUCCGUUACAGAACCACCCACCACAAAAGGACCAAGCGGCGUGGUAAUGGGCAGCAGCAGCGAAGUCAGGAUUUCUGGACAUGGGAGUGAGAUCUGGACUGUGUCACUACUUGGGAGGAGAUAGACAGGUGGGUGGUCGACCCAGGGAGAGUACCGGAGCCCACCUGGGAUUCUCUGGAGCAGUGUGAGGAGGGAUACCGGUGAAUGGAGUCAGCACGGCGGCGCGGUAGGAAGCCCGAGAGGCAGCCCCAACAAUGUCUUGGGGGUGGCACACAGGGAGUGAGGCGAAGCCAGGUAGGAGACCUGCGCCAACUUCCUGUGCUUACCGGAGAGUGAGAGAGACCAGAACGCCAGUCAGCCUGGAUCCGCCAGAUCCGCCAGUCAGCCAGGAUCCGCCAGUCAGCCAGAAUCCGCCAGUCAGCCAGGAGCCGCUAGAGCCGUCAGUCAGCCAGAAGCCGCCAGAUCCGCCAUUCAGCCAGAAGCUGCCAGAGCCGUCAGUCAGCCAGAAGCCGCCAGAGCCGUCAACCAGCCUGAGCUACCUCUUAGUCCUGAGCUACCCCUCAGUCCUGAGCUACCCCUCAGUCCUGAGCUACCCCUCAGUCCUGAGCUACCCCUCAGUCCUGAGCUGCCCCUCAGUCCUGAGCUGCCCCUCAGUCCUGAGCUGCCCCUCAGUCCUGAGCUGCCCCUCAGUCCUGAGCUACCCCUCAGUCCUGAGCUACCCCUCAGUCCUGAGCUACCCCUCAGUCCUGAGCUGCCCCUCAGUCCUGAGCUGCCCCUCAGUCCUGAGCUGCCCCUCAUUCCGGAGCUGCCCCUCAGUCCAGAGGAGUUAGUUUAGUCCAGUGGGGCCCUUUAGUAGGGUUGCCAGUCCUAGGUUGGCGGCAAGGGUCGCCGUUCCUAGGAGGAGACUAAAGCUGACAAAGGCUAUGGUGGAGUGGGGUCCACGUCCUGCGGCAGAGCCGCCACCGCGGACAGAUGCCCACCCAGACCCACCCCUAUAGGUUCAGGUUUUGCGGCCGGGGUCGGCACCUUGCGGGGGAGUACUGUCACGUUCUGACCAUAGUUAUUUGGUGUUUUUCUUUGUUUUAGUGUUGGUCAGGACGUGAGCUGAGUGGGCAUUCUAUGUUGUGUCUAGUUUUCCCAUUUCUAUGUUUGGCCUGGUAUGGUUCUCAAUCAGAGGCAGGUGUUAGUCAUUGUCUCUAAUUCGGAACCAUAUUUAGGUAGCCUGUUUUGUGUUGGGUUUUGUGGGUGGUUGUUUCCUGUCUUCUGUCUUUGUGUCUAUGCACCAGAUAGGACCGUUUCGGUUUUUCACAUUUGUUGUUUUGGUAUUUUGUAGUGUUCACGUUUAUUGUCUUUAUUAAACAUGUUGAACACUAACCACGCUGCGCUUUUGUCCGAUCCUUCGUCCACAGAAGAAAGCCGUUACAAUAUUGUCACGCCUUGGUCUUAGUAUUUUGUGUUUUCUUUAUUAUUUGUUCAGGCCAGGGUGUGACAUGGGGAUAUUGUAUUGUCUUAUUGGGGUUUGUAGUAUGUGGGAUUGCGGCUGAGUAGGGGUGUUGUAUAGGCUUGGCUGCCUGAGGCGGUUCUCAAUCAGAGUCAGGUGAUUCUCGUUGUCUCUGUUUGGGAACCGUAUUUAGGUAGCCGGGAUUUCACUGUGUAUUUCGUGGGUGAUUGUUCCUGUCUCUGUGUAGUCUC